GUACACCCGCACGUGCCGGCCACCAUCCGCCGCGCGAACAGCCAGCCGCCGGGCGCCGACUCCAGCGUCCUCUUCCCCGGCCGUCCGCUCCACCCUCCUCCCCACUCGGCUUGAUUGGCUUGAGGAGUCAAUCCGGGGACGUGUUCCACGCCAAGAUCUGCAGUCCUCUACCAUGUCGCUGUCGCCAGGAAUUGCCCGCCCCAUAAUCUAUUCGCGAGUUUGCUCGCAAGCUAGCUGCUGCCUCGGCUCGCUCGGCCGGCAGUGCCAGCAGCGCCCGCGCGCCAGCCAGCAGCCAACGCGGCGCGACGCGUUGGCCCGUUGGCCGGAACGGAUCGGACACGCCACGCGGGCUAAGCUCCCCCUCGGAGAAACCGAUAACUAUGCCGUCGCCUCGGCAUUGGAAGCCUCCCCCCUGCUCUGUCCCGAGUUGCGUGGCGAGGCAGGGAGAUGGGAGCGCGGUAGCGGCUGGGAAGGAGCAAGGAGGCGAGGCGCGCGAGUCCGGUGGUCGCCGCCGGUUGAUCGGGGUUUUUGAGGUCGACUUCCGGUGGCCGCUGCAAAGAAGUAAAGAACAACGAUGGCAUCUACGGAGCCAAGGACGGUCUUCCUCGCCUUCAUCGCCAUUCUUGCGGUGGUCAUAAUAAUCCUCCUUGGUAUUUGCUGGAAGGUCUUCAAACCAAACCUCAUCAGGAAAUUGAUGCGGCCAAGGAGCCCUGCUUCAGAGGUACCUGAGUACUUCAGCGGCAAUAUGAGUGGAAACCUCCGGACGAUUACAUACUUCGACUAUGCGACACUGAAGAAGGCCACGAGGGACUUCAACCAGAAAAACCAGCUCGGCAGAGGAGGUUUUGGGCCUGUUUAUUUGGGGAAACUAGAUGACGGUAGGAAAGUUGCAGUGAAGCAACUCACCGUCGGCAAGUCUGGGCAGGGCGAAUCAGAGUUCUUCGUGGAAGUGAACAUGAUCACAAGCAUCCAGCAUAAGAAUCUCGUUCGCCUGGUUGGGUGCUGCUCCGAGGGAUCCCAACGGCUGCUAGUCUACGAGUUCAUGAAGAACAAGAGCCUGGACAAGAUAUUAUUUGGGGGUGAUGGUGCACCGUUUCUGAACUGGAAAACCAGGCACCAGAUAAUCAUCGGCAUCGCACGAGGCUUGCAGUACCUUCACGAGGAGUCGAACCUGAGGAUCGUUCAUCGCGACAUCAAGGCCAGCAACAUCCUCCUCGAUGACAAGUUCCAGCCCAAGAUCAGCGACUUCGGCUUGGCCAGGUUCUUCCCCGAGGACCAGACGUACCUCAGCACUGCCUUUGCCGGGACGCUUGGCUACACUGCGCCUGAAUACGCCAUCAGAGGGGAGCUGACUGUGAAAGCCGACACCUACAGCUUCGGCGUGCUCGUGCUUGAGAUCAUCAGCAGCAGGAAGAACACGGAUCUCUCCCUUCCGAACGAGAUGCAGUACCUUCCUGAACACGCAUGGAGGCUCCACGAGCAAUCCAAGAUCCUGGAACUUGUCGAUCCGAAGGUGCAGGCCGACGGGUUCGACGAGAAGGAGGUGCAGCAGGUGUGCCAGAUCGCGCUGCUGUGCGUGCAGCCGUACCCGAACCUGCGGCCGGCAAUGUCGGAGGUCGUGCUGAUGCUGACGAUGAAGAGCGACCAGUCCAUCCCCGCGCCGAUGAAGCCGGCGUUCCUUGACCGGAAGAGCCUCAAAGACAAGAACGGCACGUCGGACACGGCGAUGGAGAUGCGGUCGUACUGGCUAAACACGCCGUCGCCCAUGGUCGACGACAGGCCAUACGACAUGAGCUGUGGCAUAUAGGGACGACUACACAUUGUGAGUGUGCGAUGAUGCCGGCAGGAAAUGUUCCAGGGAUUCAGGGCGCGCUCUUAGUUUUGUACAAACUCGUGCAACACUGGUCUAAAGAAAAUAAUGAGCGCUGUAUAUUACAAAAACAUGAGAGCGAAAGAUUUGCAGUUUUGGUUCAAA